CAGCCGCCUCAGCCUCUGAAAGUGUUGGGAUUACAGGCGUGAGCCAUGGUGCCCAGCUGGCCGGACAUCAAGUUUGCUACACUUAGUUCCUUUUAAUCAUGGAGGGUUCUGCUCAGUGAAGCCUUCCCUAGACAUCCUUACUUCCAUUCCAGAGGCACUUUUUUCUCACCAUUGUUUGAAUUUUCUUAGUGACACUUUUCACUAUAUGAAAUAUUUUAUUUUUAGCUCAUUUUAAUAUUUUAAUUUUAUCAUAAAAUGCUUUAAAGCCACUCUGUUAAAACCUGUGAACAAAUUGUUCCUUGUGGGAGAGAUAAACUAUACAGCAAUGCAUUAUUACUUGUGUUCAUUUACUGUUAUAAACUCUGAAGGCAGGGAGUGUGGCUGUCUUUUAAUCACCAUGACAUCCCUGGUACUGAGAACCUGGCAAAUAUGUGUAUGUAAAUGGAAGUAUGAAUAAAUAACCAAUUUAUAAAUGAUUGAGAAAUAUUUUUUUCCUAUCCCUGGACACUUUUUUUUUUUUUUACAGUGUUAUAGUUUUCGUUCUGAAUGUUCAGGAUUUAAAAAAAUGCGAAACUGGUAUUUUGUCAUAUUUUGCUGCUUCAGGUAUCUAUUUUGAUGAAUGUUUUAAGUUGGCAAAAUUCCUUUCCUCAUCUUAAUUUUUGAAGAUCAUGUUAACUUAUAACUUUUUUCCCAAGAUAACUGAGCAUCUUUGAAUCCUUGACAAAUGCAUUUCCAUUAGUAAAAAUCCAGUUGCAGGGCAUUUGCUUUACUUUUUGUGGCAGUCAUUACAAAGAGGCUGUCAGCAGUCUGGUUUUGUGUGGGUGUGGGGUGGGGCAGCUCCACUUCCUUUGCCCUGUGUGACUGAUGAGAGCCUGUUGUUAUUUGCAGGUGCAUGAGCCACAGGUUGAGCUUCAGAAUCAAGCCAGUGGAGCCACUUGCCUCCCACCGUUGUUAAUGGAAUCAGUGCACUUAAUGUGGGAGUGCUGAUGAUGGCUAUAUCCGUAUGAGGACCUGAGAUCCCCGAAACCAGGAGGAGGCAUCUACAGAGUUUGAAGAGGGUUGGACAGGCUUAGGCUUUGCCUGCCAUCUCCCUUGCCCCUGCCCCCCCAUCGUGCUUGGAAAUGGAAAACGAUUGGGAAUUUGGAAGCUAUGGAGGGGGAAACCCUUUAUUUUUUUACUGAACUGAUGCUUGACUGGAGUGAGUUUAGCACUUUCAUUUGGACCCUUGGAUACCCAUUGAACAGAUUGAAAACUGCAAGUAAUCUUCAGAUCUUAGCAGAACCAUAGGCCUUUCCUUUGUGUUGGGAGGAUAUAGCCUAUAUGCUGUGGAAAUGAACGGGGAGCAGCAGCUUGAUGCAGAUGCCGGCUCUGGUAUGGAAGAGGUAGAAUUAAGCUGGGAAGAUUAUCUAGAAGAAACAGGGUCCACAGCAGUUCCCUAUGGGUCUUUUAAACAUGUGGACACACGUUUGCAAAAUGGAUUUGCUCCUGGGAUGAAGCUGGAGGUGGCUGUGAGAACAGAUCCUGAAACUUACUGGGUUGCUACCAUCAUUACUACCUGUGAGCAGUUGCUCCUUCUCCGCUAUGAUGGCUAUGGGGAAGAUCGGAGAGCAGAUUUCUGGUGUGACAUCAGGAAAGCUGAUCUCUACCCCAUUGGGUGGUGUGAGCAGAAUAAGAAGACCCUCGAAGCCCCAGAAGGCAUCAGAGAUAAAGUAUCUGACCGGGAUGCAUUUCUGCGGCAGACCUUGAUAGGAGCAUGUAGUCCUCCUGUUCCACUGCUAGAGGGCCUCCGUAAUGGGAGGAAUCCUUUAGAUCUCAUUGCUCCAGGAUCCAGAUUAGAAUGUCAGGCUUUCCAGGACUCUUUAAGCACUUGGAUUGUUACUGUAGUAGAAAACAUCGGGGGAAGGCUGAAGCUACGUUAUGAAGGACUUGAAAGUUCUGACAAUUAUGAACAUUGGUUGUAUUACUUGGAUCCGUUUCUUCAUCACGUUGGUUGGGCUGCUCAACAGGGUUAUGAACUUCAACCCCCUUCAGCCAUCAGACAUCUAAAAAAUGAAGAUGAGUGGCAAGAGAUUUUGGCUAAAGUGAAAGAGGAAGAGGAAGAGCCAUUACCAUCUUACUUAUUUAAGGACAAACAAGUUAUUGGCAUUCAUGCAUUCUCUGUAAACAUGAAAUUGGAAGCUGUGGACCCCUGGUCUCCUUUUGCGAUCUCUCCUGCUACAGUUGUUAAGGUUUUUGAUGAGAAGUACUUUCUGGUGGAAAUGGAUGACUUGCGACCUGAGAACCACGCCCGGCGAUCCUUUGUGUGCCAUGCCGACAGUCCUGGCAUUUUCCCCGUGCAGUGGAGUCUGAAGAAUGGCCUAAACAUCAGCCCCCCUCCAGGCUACCCGAGCCAGGACUUUGACUGGGCUGACUACCUCAAACAGUGUGGUGCUGAAGCUGCUCCCCAGAGGUGCUUCCCUCCGUUAAUUUCUGAGCACGAAUUUAAGGAGAACAUGAAGCUUGAGGCGGUGAACCCCCUUCUCCCUGAUGAAGUGUGUGUUGCUACCAUCACUGCAGUGAGAGGCUCCUACCUAUGGCUCCAGCUGGAGGGUUCUAAGAAGCCUAUACCUGAAUGUAUUGUGAGUGUGGAAUCCAUGGAUAUAUUUCCUUUGGGCUGGUGUGAAACCAACGGCCACCCCCUCAGCACUCCUCGCCGAGCACGAGUACAUAAACAGAGGAAAAUUGCAGUGGUUCAGCCAGAAAAACAAGUACCAUCCUCUAGGACUGUCCACGAGGGCCUGAGGAAUCAGGAGCUGAACUCCACAGAGUCAGUUAUGAUUAAUGGAAAAUAUUGCUGUCCAAAGAUAUACUUCAACCACCGUUGCUUCUCAGGGCCAUAUCUUAACAAAGGAAGAAUUGCUGAGCUGCCUCAAUGUGUAGGACCUGGGAACUGUGUUCUAGUCCUUAGAGAGGUCCUCACUUUACUUAUCAAUGCAGCCUACAAACCCAGCCGCGUCCUUCGGGAGCUCCAGCUGGACAAAGACUCUGUGUGGCAUGGAUGUGGGGAAGUCCUAAAAGCCAAAUAUAAAGGAAAAAGUUAUCGGGCUACUGUUGAGAUAGUGAAAACAGCAGACCGGGUGACUGAAUUCUGCCGGCAAACCUGUAUCAAACUGGAAUGCUGUCCUAACCUCUUCGGUCCACGGAUGGUUCUGGAUAAGUGUUCUGAGAACUGUUCUGUACUUACAAAGACCAAAUACACACACUAUUACGGAAAGAAGAAAAAUAAAAGAAUUGGGAGGCCACCUGGUGGUCAUAGUAACUUAGCUUGUGCCCUGAAAAAAGCCAGUAAGAGGAGAAAGAGGCGGAAAAAUGUUUUUGUUCAUAAGAAGAAACGCUCCUCUGCAUCUGUUGAUAAUACCCCAGUGGGCUCUCCCCAGGGAAGUGGGGGUGAAGAUGAGGAUGACCCAGAUGAAGGGGAUGAUGAUUCCCUAAGUGAAGGCAGUACAUCCGAGCAGCAGGAUGAGUUACAGGAAGAAUCAGAAAUGUCAGAAAAAAAGUCAUGCUCCUCCUCUCCCACCCAAAGUGAGAUGUCCACAUCGCUGCCUCCAGAUAGACAAAGGAGAAAAAGGGAGCUUCACACCUUUUCAUUUUCUGAUGAUGAAAAUAAACCUCCUUCACCAAAGGAAAUAAGGAUUGAAGUUGCUGAAAGGCUUCACCUGGACAGUAACCCCUUGAAGUGGAGUGUGGCAGACGUUGUGCGGUUCAUCAGAUCUACUGACUGUGCUCCACUAGCAAGAAUAUUCCUAGACCAGGAAAUUGAUGGGCAGGCCCUAUUACUCCUUACCCUACCCACUGUUCAAGAGUGCAUGGACUUAAAAUUGGGCCCUGCCAUCAAACUUUGCCAUCACAUAGAAAGGAUCAAGUUUGCUUUUUAUGAGCAGUUUGCCAACUGAGAAGGACAACCAAAGUGAGCUGGAUCUUUGAAGCACAAAUGCAGCAAAUCCUUCACCCUGCUUUAUAAGUGGAACUGUAAUAGUCCUGGGGCUCUGGGCCCUGCAGGUGUCAGCUUGCUCUCUUUGCACUUUCGGGGAAGGAAGACUAACAGUGAGGAAGCAAAAACUGUGCACAGAAGUGGAUCGCCUGCCAGUGGAAAUGUGGACAUCUCUUGUUCAGCAGAUGGCAGUUUUAAAAAAAUUAAGGUUGUAAAGAAAAGACUUAUAUAAGAAGAAAAGCAUUUCCAGUGGUGUGGCCUGAAAACAAAGAAUAACCUAGGCUGCUGGAAAGCACCCUUUUGGUUGUUUUCAUUCUGUUCCUUCCCAUUGUAGAUUGAACUUUGUUCUCUGCUUUCUUUUUCUUGGAAAGAGAGGACAUAGCUUUAAGUCAGCACUGAUUUGGGACUGUGCCUAAGGCAUAUCAGUGCUUCUUUGUCAUUGUGUUUUUAAGCUUUUUAAAAUUAAAACAGUUCAUUUUGGGGAUGAUUAUGUGGCUCUAGGGUUUUGAAUGUAUAGUCACACUUUGAUCCAUUUUAAAAUCUAUUCUUAGGAGUUCCUUUGUUUACUACCUCUGUUAAUAAUUGAGCUUACAGCCAUGUAUGAGGUUUUUUGUAUGAUGCCAUUUUUAAGCUACAUGAACACUAAAAUUAUGACAGAAUUUGGAGGGGGGAAUCUGUUUGCUUUCUUAAAAACAUAAUGUGGGCACUUACACCAGUUCCUUAACUGACCCCAUCUAAGAACUCUACUGUUACUGUUAUCUAUCUUGACCCAGCCUGGGCUGCCUGUGUUAAGUAACAUCACAAAGACUGUUUGUAUUUCCAUUUAAUUGCUCUCUCCCUUUUCAUUCUCAGAUGGACUUCAGUGACUUUUAUUUUGUGUUUACUUUUCUCUAGAGUUGUUUGUCUACCUCUAUUUUAUUUCUAGGGGUCUUUACCUUGGGUAAAAAUCAGUAGGUGUUCCAUGGACCCACAGCGAAGCCUAUUUGUCCUUUCCAGGUGUCUCCAGUGUAGAAGCACAGCACAGAAAACAUGUUUUGGAGGGUAACGCAGAGCAUGGGGUUUCUGUAGCAGUGUCCUCAGUGGCUGGAUAAAUGUUGAGAUGUCGUUAAGGAUUUUGUAAACCUCUUUGCCUAGCCACACUUAGACUCUUUUCAGCUAAUCCUUUAAAUUGAAUAUAACCUUUAGUCUGAGGAUUCCCAUUUAAAUAACUCAGUAUUCUUUUAUCUUUAACUCAGCUCAAGUUAACGUGAAACUCCAGGUGAAUUUUCACUUAUGAUUCCAUUGCUGGCUAUUAUAGAAUAAUAGCAUUUGCUGUACUAUUCUAGUCAUGAGGAGUGAGGAAAAAUACAUAUAGUUUGCCUCCCUUAAAUGGUUUGCUUUGCUGAAUUUUUUUUAAUCUUAAUCACCUACAAAUUUAUAACCCAAUCGUUCUUCCUCAGGAUUUGAAAAUGUUUUAAGCCUGCAAACUGGGUAAAGUCUAAACAGCUCUACAAAUAUAAGGAAAUAUAGCAAAUUUUAAUUGAUUGAGAUUUUUUUUUCCAUUCCCCACCAUGCCAAGCUAUUUUUGUGGACACUGGCAAAUAGUCUGGAGCCUCUCUUCAUUGGAUAAUUCAUGGACCAGCUUAACUCAAGCCCUACAACUAAAUCAUACAUUAAAGCAUUAACUCUUUGCUUAGGUGCCUACCAGAAAAAUCUGGGAAGAAGCUUCAUUUAAGUAAAAAUUAAUAUGUUUGAAACAUAGAGAUCAAGUUUUUAAAAAUUAGAUUGAUUCUGUGUCUGUGGAAGAGAAGGAUAUGUAGGGAAUGCUAAGGAAUAAUUAGCAUUAAACAUUAAGCUUUUGGUGGGUAGUGGUGGUGGUGGUGAUCUUGCUUAUUGAAAUUUCCUGAGAGUUCAAUCAAGGCACUAAGGCAAAGAGGGCCCCGUGAGGAAGAACAGUGGAACAAAAUUUCUGGAAUUAAUGUUUAGGGCCUUUUGUUAUUAUCUUAUUUAGGAAAAUGCAAUAUAUUUUCCUAUAUAAGAUAAUAUAAGAGGGAAUACACCAAACAAGAACAAUGAUUGCAUUAUUUUUUCUCUCUUCUGACUUCUCCAGGAACCAUGGAAUAUUAGAAUCACCUCCCUUCACAGGUGAAGGGAUGAAGCCCCUGAAGGGUGAAACAUACAGCCCUAAGUAGUCUCUGAUCUGGGCAGAGUCAGAGCCCGACAGGCUUGUUUACAUCAUGAUUAUUCAAGCCCAGCUUUUCUCCUAUAGAAAGGCUGACUCUAAAUGGUCAAGUAAGUUGGGUUUCCCUUAAUAUUUCUUGCAUUAUCCUACUAAGAUAGAGUUUAUUAGGCAAUUGCUUAAAGAAUUCUAUCCCCCAGCCCUGACUCCCAUGUAUUACGUAAGCGAAGAUAAUUGUUUGGGAAUUUAGCACAGGACGUUUUUUUAACUUAAAAUUUGGAUUUCAUUUACCUCAUAAAACUGUUGGGACUGGGCUGGAUAACAAUGAAGAUCUGGUUACUGUGAUGCUGAAACAGUUCAAGCCAGAUAAUAGCUCACCAUGUCGGGGUAAAAUGUUGGUAUGUUGCACAUAGGUGCAUGAACUUUGUUUUUUAGAGAGACCAGCUUCUUAAAUUUAUAACAGUUACAUUGUGAGGGAACUGUAUUUGUCUGGAUUUCACCUGCAGCUGGGCCCACAGCCUGUUGGAGGUCAAAAAAUUUCUCAUGACUCUUUUUUUUUUUUUUUACCCUGAAUUGACAAGUUUAGAAGACAGGUUAAUGGACUAUUUCAUCCUCCUGGACCUUGAAAAGCUGGUUGACCAAUAUUAGACUAGUACUGCUACGUUAGCGUGCUAGGGAAACCCUUUUGCUGCCCAUGAAGAUUUUCUAUGACUUUUUGACUAUAUUUUGUGGGCUUCUGGGGACUGUGCUGCUUUCCUUUGUAAACCAUCUUUAUCCUUCUCAUUUGAAGCAGAGUUGAAGUGGCUAAUGCAGGGAAUGCAUGAAUGGAAGCUUGCACCCCAUCUGCCUUUCUUCAGCAAUGCAGGUAGCUCCUAGCAUUUAUGUUAUAGAUAUGUGAGGUCGGGGAAGGGUACUUACACCAACCUCUGGAAAAGAUGAACUUCUUGGUGAAUAUUUAUUGACUUAUAAUAGAAGCAAACAUAGAAAACUAGUUCAGAACUUAGCCUUAAUAUGCCUUUUCUCCUGGAAGUAAAAUUAUUUUCACUGUGAGAGAGAAGACAUUGGACCUUAGCUUCCAGAGAACCUGGAUACAUUUUAUUCACUCUUUAGUACCAAUUCAGUCGCUAUUGUGGUACCUGAAUACAUUUUAAAAGCUUUAGCAAGCCUUAGGAAGAGUAGGACUCAGAAUCAUUUCCCUCUCUCAAGCCAAAAAGUGUUUCUGAGGGACACAGAACAUCAGGUCAUCUAGUUGGGAAUAUUGGGAAAACUGUCACAGGCAAUUAUAUUUUCUUGGCACCUGUGUCACCAAAUAUUGUUCUAUCUGAGACACCAUUUACUGGUUUAGUUGAUUCCCACAGAAGCUCAGAGAGAGUUGUUAGUUUAGCCUCAACAGUGGAACACGCCUUGGAUUUGAACUCUGAUCCUAUGUAUUGAAUAUGUGCCGUGUGUGUGCACACACUGGUUCAGAAGUGUUCUGCAUUAUCAGUAGGAAAUCUGUUGGCCUUAUGAAGCUGAAUGAGAAGAAGGCAUCACUAGAAAAAAUGAAGUAUAAAUCUUGGUGGGGACCAGAUGCCCCCUUUUCAAGCUUGGAUUUCCUUGUCCCUGGGUCCGCUGUAAACAACCAUAUGUUUAUCAUGGUGCUGACUCAGAAAUAGGACAGAGAGCCUCCUGCAAAACCAAAAAGAAAUGUUACUUUAUUGCGACUAUAAUUCUUUGACUUUGUUCACUUCAGAUGUUUUACUAGUGAGUUUUGAUGACUCCCACCCCUUAUGUGAGAAUGUGCAUACUUUGGAAACUUGAAUUUAUCCAAACAAGCUACCUAUGACUUGGAGUUUGGGCAUAAGUUUUAAAUUCAAUGCUCAGUCCAAACGAAUCUGGUUCCAGGCCCACUCCAAGGGUGGUCCCAGGGAUGUUUUUUCAGUGCUUGUCCCAGACCACACAGGCAGCGUUGUUUCUGAGGGCAGCAUUAUGGGGAGAUGUAGAUGGUGGUUGGUGGCAAAUGCACUGCAGAGUCAUUUUCUUGGGCAUGGUAUCUAAGAAGCCUGAGAUUUUCACAAGAACCAGCAGAACCAGGAGUGGAGAGUUGGGGAGAUAGAGAAGUAGGCCUAAAACUUCCCUCUUACGUCUUUUUUGACUUAAUAUUUAUUUUGACUUAUUUUGGGUCUGUCCUGGUGCUAUGGCCUAUCACAAAGGACUGGUUUAAGAGAGAAGCCACAGCCUUGCGGGACAAGUCUCCAACACCAGCAGAAAAGCAUGGACCCUGAUCAGUGGGAGGCAAGAGCCUCUCCCAUUAUUUCUGGAGGCAAAUGGUGCCUUCUAGUGAAAUGGUGCCACCAUUGCUAAUGGGGGUGCCUGUUCUCAGGAUGUGUGGAAACUCAGGCCUAAGGGUUUCUACAUGGUUUAUUCAAUCUAACUGCAUACCUAGCUUAGCAGAAUGGAGGUGGACAAAAGUGCUGAAAGGAUGAGGGUAGGCUUUUAGGGCAAAUCAAGUCACAAAGCAGAUGAUUGAGGGAGGUUACAAAGCUUAGGCAAAAUUAAAGUUGGGCAGUCCCUUAGCUCCUUUUGCAAGAAUCUCUGGAGAAGGUAGUUUGAAUGUUUCUCUUGAGAUUUUAAGAAGUGCUCAUUUCUUUUUCUUUUCCCCCUCCCUUCCUUUCUUUUUUUUUUUUUUUUUUUUUUUUUGUUUGUUUGUUUUUCAUUGAAUAUUCUCAAAAGACAAUCAGAGGCCUGCCAGGGAGGGACUCCUGUCUGGUUCCAGCACUGUCCUUAGGCCUCUUUUUUAAUACUGACUUGGAACUGAUGCACUUUGUUUAAUGUAUUUUGCCUUUUUUUUAAGCUGCUCAUUUAGAACAAAAUCAAAUGCUUAUUGCAUUGUAUCCUUCCUCCUUGCUGUUUUUCCUCUUAAUUUCAAAAGUUAUGCAUUGAAGAUAAAAGUACACUUAAGUAUGCACAAGAAUACCUAUUAAAAUAACUCCCAUCAAGUUUGAUGGUAUAAUUUCAAAGGAUUAAAAAAAAACUAUUUUGGAUUAAUAUUUUGCGUGUUUUUUUGUAAAUAUGAUUGUAUAUAAACUUGUGGUACAUUAUGACAGUUUUAAGUGGUUGUGAGAAAACUAAGGAAAACAGGUCUUAAGCUAUGUUUAACCUUAAAUUUGUGCUGAUUUGACAACAAGGAAGGCAUUUUGGCCAGAGUAAAUUUUUCAAAACUCUUUCCAGUGGGACCUCAGAGAAUCAUUUCCAAAUGGAUGAGAAAUUCCUUCCUACUUUAAUAAAAUUCCAGAAUUCUUUCCCCUCUCUUGCUGUCUCAACCUUUCCCUUCUGGAUUUAGGUGCUUUUUAAUUCCAGUUCAGGAAAGAUAGGAAGAGCAGAAUUUCUCCACAGCAACCCUGCUCCUGGCAUUGGGGAUUCUGCCUCUGAUCUCUGACGACUGCUUGUUUGUUCCUCUGUGAGCCUUAAGGAUUCCUCCACAGCUGGAUGUGCAGAACAAUUCUUUGUCAAAAACAUCACUUUUCAGCUCUGUGUGCAGUUUUCCUUGAGCUGCCUGUGUCUUCAAUCAAUAAUCUCCCUACGCCCAACUACAGUCUCUUCUCCUUUAAGAUGUAGCCUCUUGUUUGAUUCUCUCUAAACGUGAACUGCUAACUGUUGAGCAUCCUCAUAAGAUCCCUCUUAGAAUAAAGACAGUCAUGGAAUUUUAAUUUUCCCUUAUCCAUUUGUUUUCUUAAUCUGAUUUUCUGUAUUUGCCCACGGCCAGUACUUGUGGAGAGCUUAAAAUUUUAUAAAUUAAAAUUCCAUUUAAAUUAA